AUGAAAUUUAAAGCUCGGGUGGUUGCACGAGGCUUCUCGCAGAGGGAAGGAGUUGACUACGAUGAGAUUUUCUCACCAGUGGUCAGACAUACUUCGAUCAGAGUGCUACUAGCAAUAGUGGCACAUUAUGACUUGGAGCUCGAGCAGCUAGACGUGAACACAACUUUCCUACAUGGAGAGUUGGAGGAAGAAAUUUACAUGACUCAGCCAGAAGGAUUCGAGGUUUCGGGAAAAGAAGACUAUGUUUGUAAGCUGAAGAAGUCCUUGUAUGGACUUAAGCAGUCUCCGAGGCAGUGGUACAAGAGAUUUGACAGUUACAUGCUUGAGCUGGGCUACAGCAGAAGUCCAUAUGAUUGUUGUGUGUAUCACAACAAGGUGGAGGAUGGUUCGAUGAUCUAUCUUGUUCUGUAUGUGGAAGAUAUGCUCAUAGCUGCGAGGUCGAAGUCUGAUAUCCAGAAGUUAAAGGGGCUUCUCAGUGCUGAGUUUGAGAUGAAGGAUUUGGGAGCUUCUCAGAAGAUCUUGGGUAUGGAGAUUUACAGGGACAGGUCGAAGAAGAAGCUUUUCUUGUCACAGAAGAGCUACAUCCAGAAGCAACUGUCGAGGUUUGGCAUGUCUUCAGCAAAGCCCUUAAAUACUCCCAGUGCUUCAAAUGUUCAUCUAUCCUCAGCUUAUGCACCGCAGUCGGAGGCUGAGAAGGAGUACAUAUCGAGAGUCCCAUAUGCUAGUGUAGUAGGUAGCUUGAUGUACGCUAUGGUAUGCACUAGACCUGAUCUUGCACAUGUUGUUAAUGUUGUCAGCAGGUUUAUGAUACAACCUGGGAAGGAGCAUUGGCAGGCUGUGAAGAGGAUCUUCCGGUACCUUAAGGGUACACCUGAUGUGGGGAUUAGCUUCGGAAGUGAUACAGAGUGCUUGGUGUCUGGGUAUUCUGACUCGGACUAUGCUGGAGAUGUUGACACGAGGAGAUCGAUGACCGGUUAUGUAUUCACUCUUGGGAGUUCUGUAGUGAGCUGGAAGGCAACUUUGCAGUCGGCGGUGACAUUGUCUACUACUGAGGCAGAGUAUAUGGCGUUGACAGAAGCUGCUAAGGAGGGAAUAUGGUUGAAGGGACUGGUUGGUGAUCAGGGUCUACAUCAUGAUCAGGCAGUGGUGUAUUGCGACAGUUUGAGUGCAAUAUGCUUGGCCAAGGAUCAAGUCCACCAUAAGAGGACUAAGGACAUCGACGUGAGGUAUCAUUUCUUGAGUACAGAGAAGAGGAUUAAGGUGAAGAAGGUUGGCACCGCGGAUAAUCCUGCUGAUAUGUUCACGAAGUCGAUUCCAUAUGGCAAGUUCCAACACUGCUUGGACUUGCUGAAUGUCUUGAGUGGGUGA